AUGAAUAUUAUAUCAUAUGCUCCAGUUAGACAUCGUAAUACAAUUGUAUCAAAAAUUGAAACAACAGUAACAAUUUGUGGUGGUUAUGUUGAUGAUUUUAAUUUUUUUUCGGAUUUAGCUGUUACUCUACGAAUAUUGGGUAUUAGACAACCAGAUACAUUAAGACAAUUUUAUCAACGAUUAAAACUCGAUACCGAAGAAUUACAAUUAGAUAAUGAAACAAUUAAAGUGUUAGACAGGUGUUCUUCCAGUGUUGAUCGAUACUUACUUUGGAUCCUAUUUCAAAUAUUAUUCAUUGAUGCUAAAGGCGAUUUAAGACAAAAUGUACCUGCUGUUAAUAGUUGA